UGAUGAUUUUAAAUGAUUUACACUUUCAUGUGCUCAGUUCUUCCAAAUGGGCGUGUAGCUCGUGUGCUGAAUUGUGUUCACAUAUCACCUUGUCCACUUCGAUGAUUUCAACCUCAAAAAUGUUGAUGUAUCACUUCACUUAUAUAUAUUCUUUUCAAGAUUCACUUCUCCCUCAGGUUAUAACAUGAAAUGGACUCUGAGAGUGCUUCAUCAUCUUCACCAUCUUCAACUCAGAAGCCAGUAUUGGUUUUGAAGAAGAAGAAAGCAGGGAGGACUAAGUUUAAGGAGACCAGGCACCCAGUUUAUAGAGGUGUUCGCAGGAGAAAUGGGAAUAAAUGGGUAUGUGAAGUGCGAGAACCAAACAUGAAAUCAUCAAGAAUAUGGCUUGGUACCUUCCUAACUCCUGAAAUGGCAGCUAGGGCUCAUGAUGUUGCUGCUUUGGCUUUUAGAGGUGAGUUUGCUGCUCUUAACUUCCCUGAUUCUGCUUCGAUACUUCCUCGAGCACAGUCGUCUUCUGCUAGAGAUAUUAAAAGGGCUGUUCUAGAGGCUUUUAAUAAGCCGAGCAUCCCAUCAUCAUCAUCACCUCCUCCUUCUCCACCACCACCACCACCGCCACCAUCUUCUUUUCCUUCUUCUUCUUGUUCGUCUGGGUGUUCUAAGCCAUGCAAAUCCUCGAGCGAUGAUUUUUCAGGGGAGAAGAUACAAGAAAAUGGUGAGUCUGCUGCUGCAGCUACAUUAUUCUUGGACGAGGAGGCAUUAUUUAAUAUGCCAUUUUUGCUUGAUAGCUUGGCAGAGGGUUUGAUCCUUACUCCGCCGUCUAUCGUAAAAGGGUUUGAUUGGGAUGAAAUGGCUUCUGCCAUAGACAUGACCUUAUGGAGAAUUUAAUUGAAUAUAUGCUUGGAAUUAGCUCUAAAUCUAGGGUUUUCGUCGGCCAAUAUUCCAGUGAUUGAACAUUAUUUGUACAA